AUGACUGCAGUUCCUGCUAUCAGAAUCCUGCCCAUUGGGAUCCUGGCUACCUGCUGCUCUUCUCCUUCAUCUCGCUCUCUGGUUGCACGGAGUUCAUGGAGGAAACUGGGAAACUAG